GGAAGAGGCUAUUUGGAGGGGAGGGGUCUCCAUCCUCAUUCCCGGAAGAGAAGCGGACUUGGAGAAGAGGAGAAAGAGAGCUCGCUGCAUUGAAGUGCAUCUUGUCAACAGCUGAGGGAGUCCCAGAAGUGGCCCAGUUUACGCCUCCUCCAAAUCGCCUGCAGGCAGCGCAAUGGCCUCAGAGGCACUGUUUGGACCGUCUCUUCUUAAAGGUGGAGUGGAAAGAGGAGCCAGGAAGCUUACUCAGGCCCUCUUGACCUUUGAGGAGGUGGCUGUGUUUUUCACGGAGGAGGAGUGGGCUCUGCUGGAUCCAGGCCAAAGAGCUCUGCACAAGGAAGUCAUGGAGGAGAAUUAUGAGAUGGUGGCCUCUCUAGGUGAUGGAGAAGGCAAUCAGAAUUUCGAGGGGCCAUCUGUAAAGUACUUCACUGCGAGUGAACACCUUAGGACACAUCUUCAAACUAACACUGAGGAGAAACCCUUUAAAUGUAUGGAGUGCGGAAAAAGCUUCAGUGAAAAGGGAAAACUUACCAUACACCAACGGAUUCACACAGGGGAGAAACCAUUUAAAUGUAUGCACUGUGGAAAGAACUUCAGACAGUCUUCACACCUUACCGUACAUCACCGAACUCACACAGGGGAGAAACCCUUUAAAUGUACAGAGUGCGGGAAGUGCUUCAGUGAGAGUGGAAGUUUUACUCUACAUCAACGAACUCAUACAGGGGAAAAGCCAUAUAAAUGUAUUGAGUGUGGGAAGUGUUUCAGUGAAAGUAGAAAACUUACUGUACAUCAACAAAUUCACACAGGGGAGAAACCCUUUAAAUGUACGGAAUGUGGAAAAAGCUUCAGUCAGAGUGGAAGCCUUAAUGUACAUCAACAAAUUCACAGAGAGGAAAAACCAUUCAGAUGUUUGGAGUGCGGAAAGAGCUUUAGUCAGAGUGGAAGCCUUACUAUACAUCAACGGAGUCACACAGGAGAGAAACCAUUCAGAUGUAUGGAGUGUGGGAAAUGCUUCAGUCAGUGUUCACACCUUACUAGACAUCAGCGGACUCACACAGGGGAGAAACCAUUUAAAUGUAUGGAGUGUGGGAAGGGCUUCAGUCACAAUGGAAUACUUACUGUUCAUCUACGAACUCACACAGGGGAGAAACCAUUUAAAUGUAUGGAGUGUGGGCAGAGCUUCAUUCACAAUGGAAUCCUUACUGUACAUCAACGAACUCACACAGGGGAGAAACCAUUUAAAUGUAUGGAGUGUGGAAAGACCUUCAGUCAGUGUUCACACCUUACUAUACAUCAACGAACUCACACUGGGGAGAAACCAUUUAAAUGUAUGGAGUGUGGGAAGGGCUUCAGUCACAAUGGAAUACUUACUGUACAUCAACGAACGCAUACAGGGGAGAAACCAUUUAAAUGUAUGGAUUGUGGGAAGGGUUUCAGUGAGAGUGGAGCUCUUACAAGACAUCAACAAACUCACACAGGGGAGAAACCAUUUAAAUGUAUGGAUUGUGGAAAGAGUUUCAGUGAAAGAGGAAAACUUACUGUACAUCAACGAAUUCACACCGGGGAGAAACCAUUUAGAUGUAUGGAGUGCGGGAAGAGCUUCAGUCAGUGUUCACACCUUACUAUACAUCAACGAACUCACACUGGGGAGAAACCAUUUAAAUGUAUGGAGUGUGGAAAGAGCUUCAGUGAGAGUGGAAAACUUACCGUACAUCAACGAACUCACACAGGAGAGAAACCCUUUAAAUGUAUGGAGUGUGGGAAGAGCUUCAGUGUAAGUGGAAAGCUUACUAUACACCAACGAACUCACACAGGAGAGAAACCCUUUAAAUGUAUGGAGUGUGGAAAGAGCUUCAGUCAGUCUUCACAGCUUACUAUACAUCAACGAACUCACACAGGGGAGAAACCAUUUAGAUGCAUGGAGUGUGGAAAGAGCUUCAGUGUAAGUGGAAAACUUACUGAACAUCAACAAACCCACACAGGGGAGAAACCAUUUAGAUGUAUGGAGUGUGGAAAGUGCUUCACUUGCAGUGGGAGCCUUACUGUACACCAACUAACUCACAAAGGGGAGAAACCAUUUAAAUGUACGGUGUGUGGAAGGUUCCUCAGUAGUAGGGGAGCACUUAAAAAACAUCUCUUAACUCACACAACAGAUAAACCAUUUAAAUGUAUGGAGUGUGGAAAGAGCUUCAGUGAAAGUUCACAAUUUGCCAUACAUCUACGAACUCACACAGGGGAGAAACCCUUUAAAUGUUUGGAAUGUGGAAAGAGCUUCAGUACAAGUUCACAGCUUACUAUACAUCAGCGAACUCACACAGGGGAGAAACCUUUUAAAUGUAUGGAAUGUGGAAAGCGCUUCAUUGAAAGCGGAAAACUUACUGUACACCAACGAAUUCACACAGGGGAGAAACCAUUUAGAUGUGUGGUGUGUGGAAAGAGUCUCAGUAGUAGUGGAGCACUUACAAAACAUCAACUAAUUCAUGCAGGGGAGAAACCAUUUAAAUGUAUGGAGUGUGGAAAGCGUUUUAGUGAAAGUUCACAACUGAUCAUACAUCUUCGAAUUCACUCAGGAGAUAAACCCUUUAAAUGUAUGGAGUGUGGAAAGAGCUUCAGUCGGAAAGGAGUCCUUAUUGUACAUCAACGAACUCAUAUGGGGGAAAAACCAUAUAAAUGUGUGGAGUGUGAGAAGAGCUUCAGUUGUUGUGAAAAUCUUAAUUUACAUCAACGAACUCACACGGGGGAGAAACCCUUUAAAUGCAUCCAUUGUGGAAACAGCUUCAGUAAUAGUGGAAACCUUACAAGACAUCAACGAACUCACACAGGAGAGAAACCCUUUAAAUGUAUGGAGUGUGGAAAGUGUUUCAGUAAUAGUGGAGCACUUACAAAACAUCAACUAACUCAUACAGGGGAGAAACCAUUUAAAUGUAUGGAGUGUGGAAAGAGCUUCAGUGAAAGGGGGAAGCUUACUGUACAUCAACGAAUUCACACAGGGGAGAGACCCUUUAAAUGUAUGGAGUGCGGAAAGAGUUUCAGUGAAAGUGGAAAACUUACUGUACAUCAACGAACUCACACAGGGGAGAAACCAUUCAGAUGUCUGGUAUGUGGAAAGUGCUUCAGUCGGAAUGGAAUCCUUACUGUACAUCAACAAACUCAUGUACGGGAGAAAUCAUUUAAAUGCAUGGAGUGUGAAAAGAGCUUCACUAAAGGUUCACAACUGAUCAUACACCUACGCACUCACACAGGGGAGAAACCCUUUAAAUGUUUGGAGUGUGAAAAGAGCUUCACUUGUAGAGGAAGCCUUACUGUACAUCAACGAAAACACAGAGGGGAGAAACCAUAUAAAUGUUUGGAGUGUGGGAAGAGUUUCAGUCGAAGUGGGCAUUUUAGAAUCCAUCAGCGAACUCACACAGGGGAGAAACCAUUUAAAUGUAUGGAGUGUGGGAAGUGCUUCAUUGAGAGUGGAGCUCUUACAAGACAUCAACGAACUCACACAGGGGAGAAACCAUUUAAAUGUAUGGAAUGUGGGAAGAGUUUCAGAGAAAGGGGCAAACUUACAGUACAUCAACAAAUUCACACUGGGAAGAAACUGUUUAAAUGUUUGGAGUGUGGAGAGAGUUUUAGUCAAAAUGGACAUUUUAUAAGACAUCAACAAACUCACACAGGGGAGAAACCAUUUAAAUGUAUGGAGUGUGAGAUGUGCUUCAAUGAGAGUGGAGCACUUACAAAACAUCAAGAAGCUCAUAGAGGAGAAACCAUGUAAACUGAAGGAGUGUGGACUGUGCUUCAGUUAAGGUCAUCUACAUACUCUCACAGGGGAAAGCCCAUUUAGAUGUUUAGAGUGUGUCUAGUGUUUUCUUCGUUCUUCACAUCAACAAAUCAAUAAUAUCAAUUGUAAAUGCAUGGAGUGUUGUUGGUGUUCUGGUUUUUUUAUGGAAAGUUGUAUACACAUGUAUUACAGUAAUGAAGGUAGCUUCUCCCAGUAGUAAGUAUAAUGAAAGAUAUGAUGUACUCUUAGGGAUGUGCAAAGUGUGAAUCUGGAGUGCUGUUGGUGAGUGAUGACUGGGCAAUAAUAGGCCCUUUAGCAGCAAACAAAUUUAGUCCUCAUUUUGUACUGGAAAAUCCUCUUCCAGAACAGGGUGCAUUUUCUAAUUUGUGAACCCUGUCCCUGAUUGACAACAUUCACUGCCUAGGACCUGUUACAGAAAUGUUAGUGAUUUUGUAUUAACUUUUAAACAAGGCCAAUCCUGUUCCAAUAGCAGCAGUCACCACACAGUCAUUCCUCCCUCUUUUGUAUGUGUGAAAAACCUCUUCACACACAAAACUCAGACAAAUUUUGGCUGUUCUGUCCUGGUUACUCUGCAGUUCAUAAGCCUGAACUUUUAUUGUCUUCAAGGCUGACAGCGUACAAAUCAAUAUGGCUGACUUGACCCAACAACCCUUUUCCCUCACACACGCAAACGAAACUCACUGCAGCCAACAAGGCAACCAAUCAUGGCCUGGGCCACCCCACCUCUCUCACUGCCAAUGAAAACUUAAAAAUGAAUAAAAAGAGAACCUAGCCAUGUGAUGCUGACACAAAAACCUUGCACAUAUGCUGUGUAAAAGAACCAAUGUUUACUACCCCCUCUCUCCACCUCUUUCUUCCCCCCCUAACUUUAUUAAUGUCUCACAUUGCGUGUAAUAUAAUAUAUGAAUCUUUAUUGUGCUCCAAAGACCCGUAACAUAGAUUCAGAAUAAAAUACAGAUUCAUACAGACAACCCCCUGGGAGAGGAAGACCGAGACGAUAUUUGUUCAGUCUUGAGUAUGAUGAUCUUUGAUACUUAUGACUGCCAAAAGAAACUUUGCCACAGCCACUGUGAUAUCAUUAGACUUGUCAUCCAGAAGAUAUUUAAUACAGUAGGCUUCAGAUUUACCUGGGCGAUUUGCCAGUAGGGGUUUAAUCAAUAGAUCUCUAGCUUGCUCAUACUGUCCGCAAUGCAGUAGGAUAUGCUUCAUACAAUCGACGUCCUGAGAGCAUACACAGAGCCUAUUCUGAUAAGGGAUCCCUCUCAGUCUGCCAUUUAGCACUUCUGAUGGAAAUACAUUUAAUCUGGCUUUGGUAAAAAGAUGCUGAUGUUGGUACAGACAGAUUUUUAAGAUAUGCAGGUAUCUGAAAAUUGUACCUGUGAGGAAUUCCUACUGCUAUCGGGCCACAGAUAACAUGAGGUUGAGAUCGGAGAUCACUAUGUGAAAUGUCCCAGAGCCUUUGCCUCAGAGAUUCAAGGGCAGUAUCGUAUCCCAGAUGGUACAAGGGUGAAGGUGGCAUUCCAAUCGAAGUGGCUUUUCUGACCAUGGUUUUCAUCCUCGUUGUUUAGGUGUGGAAGUAACCCCUUCCCUAGGCCAAAGACUGAGAUCUUAAGCCAGUAUCUCAGGGCAGCCCACCAUGCUUUUGUUGAGAGAGGGCAUUCACCUGUUUCUAAAAAUAGAUUGCAUUUGGAACCUGUAAAAGGGACUGAUGAAACUUUGCCUGGAACCCAUCAAACAUGGAGAAUGAGCCAUUGAACCAGAUGUUUGGGCGUAGACAGAUUUUGCAUUAAAUACCCUAAUGGCUGAUGGAACAUAAUGACCUCCCCUUGUAUAAAAGAAUUGAAUUAUAGCUAGUUUGCUUACCUGCGCCUUUAGACAGGCGG